AUGACUGGAGAAAAAUCUGGAGGUAUUAAAGGUGAACGAGCUUUACCAGUGCAACUUAGUAGAGACUCAUUAAGCUAUAAGGAUAACUAUUCUGGGAUGGGACUCUACUGUGUGCCUCUGAGUCAUAAAUACAACAUUAAUAAAUCAUCCAAUACUCAUGUUGCUUUCUUUUCUCUGGAUGACGUUCACAAUGGAAACAGUAAAUUUACCUGCACACAGUCGACACUGACACUCCUUUUCAUAUUGAAAAAAUGGCUUGCUGAAAAGCAUAUGCAAGAUGGGAGCAUUCAGUGCAUGUUCCGAAUCCGUGCUGAAUAUCGGAUUUCUGUCUGCAUCAACAAUCCUGUUUUCAUUCCCCGAAGCAAAGAACAAACCUCAAUUGAUGGACGUAACACUGCAAAUUUUGAUGCUCUCACCAAAAUGCUGGCCAUAGAAAAAUGUGAUACUGUCGUGAUGAACCCUUUGUUUGGCUCUGGUCUGCCUUAUAAUGCCAAGACCAAUAUUAUGGUGAGCAACAUCUACUGGGGGCGAGGUGUUCCGGAUUAUGCAAAAAUUAUUUCUUACCAUCAGGCAUCCAUGGAGUCAAAACGCGGCAUGGAUCCAGUUUGGGCUAGAAAUUACCCAAUUCACAAAUGUGCCUAUGAGGGGGAUGUGGCUGGAAUUACUGCCCGACUGAGCCAAUUUUCACAUUCCAUGAAGGAUGAUAAGUCAGCUUCUCCAAUUCAUUAUGCUGCUUGGAAGGGUCACACAGAAGCAGUGGUCGCUCUAUUGAAGGCAGGUUGUUCCCCCAACAUUACCAACAAAGAUCUCCAGACACCAUUACACAUAGCUGCCAUACGAGGCCAUCCACAAGUAGUGAAUGUUUUACUUGAGGACAGUGAUAUUGAUGUGAAUCCUCAAGACAAAAACAAAAAGACUCCACAUGAUCUUUGUUCGAAAGAAACAAGACCAGAAUUUUUAAAAGCUGCAAACCUGCUCAGUGUUGCUAUGAAUCGGCCGAGUCAGAAAAUUGAGAUCCAUUUGAUGGAUGGUGGCAAGAAGACAUUGAAUCUGACAGCUGGUGAUAAUACAACGGUUAAUCAUUUUAAGGAGCAGAUGUUAAGGAAUCUAAUGGUUUAUUCAUUUACCCACACUUCUUUGCCUAUUUGCAUGGACACUUGUUCUUCAUUUGCACUGAUCAUAGGCAUAGCUUGUGGGUGCCACCAUUCAUAUUUAAACACUGCUCUUUAUGGCACUGAUUCUACUACUUGUCCUGUCUCCAUUCUUCACAUAUCUGUGUGCCGAAAUAGCUUGCAGCUUAAAUUAAGAGUUUUCUUUCUUGUCUUCCACUUUCAGCAUUUGAGCAACUGGUAA